CGUUCUAUGUUGAAAACGAAUUUGAUGGGUAAAAUCUCGUACCUUAUGAGAGAGACAACUGUAUAAUAACUGUGUAAUUUUUAAAUAUAUAAACUAAGUAACCGUAUAGUAACAUAAUAGAAUAUAUUUGAAAAUGGCUGUGAUUUCGAAUAUUUUCUCUCGCAGCACUUACAGCGGGCUACAAGCGGCGAAAAUAUUGUGCAUUGCGGUCAGAAAAAGUACGACGGUCACUGAUGCAAAACCGGUGGAUAAGUCAUCGAAUAAUAAGACAGCAGAACAGAGUUUUAAGCAAGACGAAGUUAUUCCAUCGAGAUAUCGGUUUGCUUACCCAGAAUUCUUACCAGAUCCUGAUCCAAGGUAUCGCAAUACACUCAGAGAAAAACUGGAACGCAUGGAUAUGCUUGCAAGGCGAGCACAUGUAGAGAUACCAGAGUUUUAUGUCGGUUCAAUAUUAGCUGUAACUUAUUCUGAGCCACACGCCACUGGAAAGAUCAAUAGGUUUGUUGGAAUAUGCAUCGAAAGGCAAGGUUGUGGAUUGAGGGCUUCGUUUCAGUUGAGAAAUAUAGUUGAUUCUAAUGGCGUCGAAAUGCUGUAUGAAUUAUAUGACCCUGCUAUACAACAAAUUGAGUGCCUCAGACUUGAAAAAAGAUUAGACUCACAUUUACGGUAUCUUCGAGAUGCACCACCAGAAUACAGUACGUUCCCUUUUGAUAUGAAACCUGAAUAUCUACUAGAAGGGACACCAGUUCCUGUAAAUAAAAUUAAAGUGAAAUUGAAUCCGUAUCCAUGGUUAGAAAAAUGGGAAAUUCAGCAUUUGAAAGGUGUAGAGUUAGAACUCAAUGAAAGACGCAGGAAAAGGCAAGAAACAUCUAAAAAGCCUUGGGAAAAAUAUGACCUGAUGAAAAUAUAUAGGUUGACUAUACCUGAGGAAGAGCAAAAUGAGAUAUUUAAUGAGGUGUAUACAAAACUACACGAAUUUGAGGUUACUAGACGUAGGCAGAAGCACAAACAAAGUUUCGUACGUCCGAAAAAAACUGCUUAAAUUAUCGAUUAUGUACAGCAAUUCUUAACCCUUAGAAUACGGGGCAGUACAGAGCUGAACGUUCUGUAUGGCCAGUACUCAUCUGAUCGCUCCUAUCUUAUAUGCCCGCAGGCCAUGCGAUAGUUUUCGCCGAACAAAUAUAUACGUUCGCAGUAUUCUAAGGGUUAAUUUAAGACAGAAAAACAGAAAUAUAUGUAAUUGUUUUCUUGCACAAUA